AUGUCACCGCCAAUCUUCCUCAAGUCCGUUGAAAAACCUGAGAAAUAUUUCGUGCCCUUUCGGAAGCAAAUGAACAUCGUUGUGUCGAAGUGUGAUCGUCGGCCUCGCGGGCGCACGCCAGUGAGAAUGAGCGCCCUGAUCCACCACACGUCCGCAUUUGCGACCACACGGUAUAUCGUCGGCGGGAACGUCGUGGAUGAAAUUCUCGCGCGAGCAACUUUCGGUGGCUUUGCUUCGUCGACCGAAAAUGGCUGA